ACCAAGUGUAUAAAUAUAACUGUUUCUUCUUCUUCACCACUAUCAGCUCUUUAAAUCCCACUUCCAAGUUUUUUUUUUUUCAACCAAAACCUCCCAAAACCCCCCUCAGAAUUGAAUCUUACCAUUUGCAAAUUUCUUCUCUCCAACUACAUAAAACCCUAAAUAUACACAGUUACAGACACACAUAUAUAUAUAUAGCAAAAGAAUCAAAGCACAUAUACAUACGGAAAUGAUCAAUGGUUACAGUCAUGAUGCAUCCGCAUCACAACUCCACUACACCCUCACCUCACCCAAUCAAUCCCGUUCUUAGAUCCCCCAACACUACUCCUCCUCCUCCAAUUACUCAUUCGGGUCGGGACCAUACAAUCGGGUCGGAGUUAGCCCGAGUUAAGCUCUCGGAUAUUUCCCCUUAUGAUGGAGCUCCGUUUGGGCCUUAUUUACGGGCUGUGGAAGCCCUUUCAGGAUCACUUAUGAGGCAUAAUGCUGCGGUGAUUGAACUUGGUGGUGAAGGCACAGCGGUGUUACGGUGUGGCCUGGAAUCGGUUAGGUAUUUUUUUAAGACGAGGGCGGUUGCUCAGAAUGGUGGGGUCGGUAAGAGUGGUCGCGGGAUUUAUAUAUACAGAGCUGGAAGGCCUUUGGAAGACAUGGACUCUUCUCCCCCAUGCAUGGCUGAAGUAUUUCGCUGCAUGGGAACGGCAGCUCGUGCUGCUUUAUGUGCAAUUGCAAGGCAUCUUCGUUUGCGAAGCGACGUUUUUGAUCACUUGCUUGAUGAUAAUCCAUUGCCCGUUAAUGAGGCCUCUUCGUCCGUUGUUGUUUCAACCUUCUCCAAUACCACCUCUCAAAAUGGCAAAGGAGCUAUUGGAGGAGGAAAGCUAGUUACAAAUGGUGAAGUAGAGAAGGGGCUGUUGACACUAGUUUCAUCUGAUGCUCCUGGUCUUCAGGUUUGUGAUCCCAAUGGUCGUUGGUAUCUAGCAGAUAGCGGCUUGACUCCAGGGGAUUUACUAUUGCUUACUGGGAAGGUUCUCAGCCAUGCUACUGCCGGUCUUCGUCCUGCAGCCGUAUACAGGGGUGCAGCUGAUACCUAUGCGGGCACUACUUGUGGCGGAAGGACAUCAGUUGCGUUUAGGCUUACACCUCAGAGCAAUGCAAUAUUGGAUUGUUCUCCGAUUGCAGCUGCUGGUCAUAUUAUUCCUCAGAGCUACAUGCCAAUUUCUGUAAGCCAGUUUAUGGAUGACCUUUCCGCCGAGGAAGACAUGCUUUGUAGCAAUACUGACAUUGCUUAUGUCCCUCGAGACAAUCUGAAUAAGGAACCAUCACUCAGAAGUGUUCUCUCAGAUCCCUUAUCUGGCGCAUUCCUUGAAGAUGCUAUGUUUGUUUCAUGUGGACAUUCCUUUGGUGGUCUGAUGCUGAAAAGGGUUAUUGAUAUGGCAAGAUGUACCCUCUGCAAUGCUGAAAUUGAGCGUGGCUCCUUAAUUCCUAACCUUGUACUGAGAGCUGCAGCCGCAGCAGUGAAGAAUGAGGAUGACCGAAGACUCUUCCACAAUGCAACUCUUAGAAAGCGUCGAAAAGAAGUGGGAGACAAUAGGGAAAAUGGCGAGAUCCCUUCUGAAAAUGGACCCCAUAAAGGUGUUCAAUAUCCAUUCUCAGUGAAUGAGAAAGUUCUUAUAAGGGGAAAUAGGAGGACACCAGAUAAAUUUGUUGGAAAGGAAGCUGUAAUCACAUCACAGUGUCUUAAUGGCUGGUAUUUGCUUAAGAUUAUGGACAGUGGAGAGAAUGUGCGGUUGCAGUACCGCUCUCUGCGUAAGAUCCUUCCUACACAGGAAACAGAGGAGAGAUGCCAGUCACAGACAGUUCAGAACAGUAGCUAAUAGACGAUUACAACCAAUUCCAUGUGGGUUAUGUUGUAGGACCUAGUCACUCUGUACUCCUCGAGUUUGAAGAUGUAAUUUUUUCCCUGUAACGUAACGUCAUGUUUGUGCUGAGAGGGCGGGGGGGGGGGGUCAUUAUUUGACAAUAUUACUUAAUAUUUGCUGUUGUAAGAUUGUAAAGAAACAUCCCCACCCUAGAAAGAGAGAAAUUUGAGGAUAACAUGGUGGCUCUGAUACCCUGUAGAUUGUAGUGCAAUGUUGCUUAUUUGGGACAUGUAUAGAUAUAUUAAAUUUGUGAGGGAUUCCCUGUCAGUUUAAGUGCUCUUCCAUGUUUCGUUCAUCA